GAAAAUGUUCUUCAGUUAUCUUUAAUCAGCUUGCAGUGUCAGUGUAAAAAUAUACAGAGCUGUGAAUACACAUCACUAUUCAGUCUACUCAGGCUAACAUCAAGAUAUGCAGAUGAUGAAGGAUGGGAUUGAAUCAGAUACUAUUAAACCGGAAGAAAUUCAGAUGAUGAAUGAUUCAAAUUAUAUAUUUUCUGCUGUUAACUUUGGUUUCUUGAUGAUUGUAAGUAACUCCACAAUAACCUUAAACUGUUGCACUACAUUGAACCCUAUCUUCAGUCAAGUUGCAGGAUAUGUAUGUAUAAUUGUGGCACUGUUCGGAUUAAGCGGUAACCUACUUACCCUGCUAGCCAUACCCUGGGCAACUAGAUAUAAACUAUUUGGCUUCCAUACCUACCCUGGCAAGUAUACAAAUCUUUUUAUUGUAAACUUGGCCUUUGCUGAUUUCAUCUACUGCUUAAUACAGCUACCCAUGUAUAGUUUACAGUAUAUUCAAAUGUCUUGGCCCUUGGGACACAACACCUGUCGGCUGUUAGCUGCCUCCAAGUAUGUUAAUGCAUUUGCUGCAUGGUUAUCUGUUGGAUUUGUAGCUUUGAGCAGAUGUCUCUCCCUUCAGAAGAAUUUGCUGUCUAGGAAGUUUUUGUAUGGAACAAGAGGCCAUUUAGUUGUUCUCUCUAUAUGGGUUUACGCUGCUCUACUGGUUAGCCCAUCAUUCUUUAAUAUCUACGGACAAUUUGGGUAUAAUAGGAAGAUGGGGAAAUGUGAUUUCCUGGAGUUGAACGAGAAUGAUCCUCAUGUACUAUUCUAUACAGUAGGGUUCCUGGUUCCCCUUUGUAUACUACUUGUUAGCUAUGCUAUAAUCUGGAGAAUGAGUAGAGAAUCAUCCAAAUUUCUGAAAACCUUGACAGCAGAGAACAAAAUUCAGUUGGACAGUAGAGAUCACAGACUAACAAUAAUGAUACUGCUGGUGUGUGGUUGUUAUGUAAUAUUUGUUGGACCAAUAGCACUCAUAAAUGUUCUAGAUUAUAACGCAGAAAAACCAGAAAUUCAUUUGGUUUUCUUUCUGCUUUACUGGCUGCAGUAUUCUUUUAACUUUGUUGUCUACGCAUUGAGGAACGAACAGUACCGAAAAGCUUACAAGUUUUUUCUCUCUCACGUGUGGAAAACUUGCUGCAGGCCAAGAAACACGGUUCCACAUAACACAAUAUUUGUUCUGAACUGUCAAAAUCAUGUUCUUCAGGCAGAUUUACAGGGGGAUAAUGUUGGUGGGACUAGUUUAGUUCUCAAUGAAAUCAUGGAUAUCUGUGUCAGCUACAGCGGGAAACUAAAAUUAGACAAAUCCUACAAAGAAACUGUAGAGGUUGAAGCAGGUCCAUCAUCUACGAUAAUAAUUCUUCCUGGAAACCUGGAAUCUUCUUCAUUUAAAACCAAAGAAAAACAGAGGCAGAAAAUAUCUUCUCGUGUGGUCAGAAGAACCAGAAGAAGUUCAGGGAAUUCAAGCUUGUUCCGAAGUGAAUGGAUCUAUAACCUGGACAAGGAGGAAAAUGGAAGAAAAUUAUCAUAUUCGCUUUCUUAAUCUUUUUUUUCUCAUUUUAAUGACAUUGGAUAUCUGUUGUGUUUCUAUAAUUUUAGAUAUUUAACAUAUAUAUUAUGUACAAUGUUUAUUUCUGUAUCAGAAUCUAUUUAUGAAUAAACGUUACAAAAAUAUUAAA